GUUUGCGCGGGUAAACGGAAUGAACGUUUGAUGUUAUGUACACCUUAUGAACAUUUAUUAAUUUUAUUGAAAGUAAAUGGUAUAUGUUAAUAUUAAUGUUCUUUGUUAAGACGUCUAUUAUACGAAAUGUGAUUUAUGUAAAAACUUAGUAGAAUUAAAGAAAGUCAAAUUGCGAAUUGAGAAUAAUGAAACUUAUGUGCACUGUGGAGGUUAGCAAUAGGCUGUUGUCUUCAACGAAUAUUCCUUGGAAACGAAAAGGUCAGCGCUCAUGCCUAGGGAUUGGGAGGAAUUCUUUGAAAGAUGACGAACUUUAUAUUUUUCUACAAACUCCACAAAAUAGACAAGGUGUUAAAUAUAAGGUAGACCAUAAUAUAGAGAAAGUCUUUACAAAAUUUAUUAACGAUGGUAAGGCAACUAUUCGAAUUAUAGAACCGCCACACGAUUUGAUCAUCACUGGAGAUGCAGUUCAGUUAAAGAGUUUUCUUCAUGUCUUGAAACUUGGCGUUUACAAUAAACCGCAACUUGAUGUACUAUCUAUAUCAAAUUUAAAACCCAAGUCUCUUACGGCAGGACCCAAAACUAAAGUUACCAUUCGUAAGAAAUCAGAAUAUCCUGUACUGCAAGGCUUCCCAAGAACAACGGAAGAGUUAUGUAUCAUUGGAUUAGAGAGAAAGUCAUUUGACAGACAAAUUUUAAGACUGCAAAGGCUGAGAGUUUUGAAUCUUACUGAAAACCAAAUUACAUCUUUACCAAAAGAGAUGGGCUCUUUACCUAAUUUACAAGAAUUAAUUCUGGCUCAGAAUCAUCUUGGAAAAAUGCCUAUGUCGAAUUGGACGUGGCUCGAUGGAGAAGGAGUUGCUAAAAGUCUGAAAUUAUUGGAUAUAAGCUGCAAUGGUAUGCAUAUAGUACCUGAAAAAAUACGAAAACUGACUGCACUUGUAACUUUAAAAAUGAGUCGUAAUGUUUUGAAAGUUUUGCCACAAAGUAUUGGAAGUAUGACCAAUUUGAGAUACUUGGAUUUAUCAAUGAACGACUUGUCGCAUCUUCCUGGCAGUAUAAAAAAUUUACGAUUGAUGAACAUUGACGUCUCAGGAAACCUAUUAAAUGGUGUUAACAGAUAUGUGGUACAUUCUAUGAAAUUUCCCAGUCUCGUGGAGCUCGCAAGUCGAAGAUUUCUCAAGACAAGGAAACUCUAUGAUGCAAGUACAAUACCAUAUACAUUGGUAAAAUAUCUUGAUGAAGCACAGUACUGUGUAUGUGGUUCUGCUUUUUUUGAUUCUUAUUUACGCAGGCCAGUACCAUUCAAUCUAAACGAUAUUGCAGCUAGUAUUAGAACAUCGGGUGAUUGCAUUGUUCCACUCGAUUGUUACUUCUGUUCCACGCAAUGUUUAGCUCAAGCUUCGCUAAACAUGGUUAUUCUUUAAUCAAAUUUGACGUAAGCCACUGUUAUUAUUAUAUCAAUCAAUGAAUUUUACAAAUUGAGAUAUAUCUUGUUUAAAGCUCAUCAAAAAAUCUUACAAAACAAUUAUCAUCAUCAACAGUUCAAAUAUAUAUUUUUUUCAACAAAGCAUAACAAAGUGAAAAAAUCUUAUCUAAAUACCACUAUUAACAAUGUUUUCUCUUUGUGUAAACAUAAAACAUUUAAUUUUCCAAAACAAA